AUUAACUUAACGCAAGUAAAUAAAUUUACAUUGUAAAUGUUAAAAUGUCGGACGAGUAUGCUAGUGUAUCGAAAAGUAAAUUGAAACUUAAGAACGACGCCGGAAUAAAGAAAAAGAAGAAGAAAAGUAAAGAUAAAGAUCGAGAAAUUGUUCAGCAAACUUUGUCCAAUGAAAGAUCUCAGUCUGCGUCCAAGUCUGGCGAACGUGCUUUAACAAAGGCAGAAAUCGCCUUUAAACAACAACAGGAGAAAAUGCGUAACAAAAGAAUUCUGGAGAAAGCAUCGACAACACACAAGGAAAGGGUGGAAAAGUUCAAUGAGCAUUUGGAUACACUGACUGAACACUUUGAUAUUCCGAAAGUAUCGUGGACGAAGUAAUUUAUUUUCAUCGGGCGUACAUGGGAAUUCCACAAACACAAUUUAAAAUUAACAUAAAGGAAUCGAAAUUAAAAACAAAAAUUUACUGUA